AUGACAUCAAACAAACCCGUCCUUGGCUACUGGAACCUGCGAGGAAUUGGCCAGCCAAUCCGCCUGCUGCUCACCUACCUCGAGGUGGACUUUGAAGACAAGCAGUACGAACUGACGGUGGAGAACAAGGGCGCCCCGUGGACGGCCGAAAAGUUCAGCCUCGGUUUGGAUUUUCCCAAUCUGCCGUACUACAUCGACGGUGACGUCAAACUGACCCAGUCGCUGGCCAUCAUGCGCUACCUCGGUCGCAAGUUCAACGUGGCGGGCAGCAGCGAACAGGAGCGGGUGGCCAUCAGCCUGGUGGAGCAGCAGGUCUACGACAUGGUCAUGGCCUUCGCCCGGGUCGCCUACGACGACAACUGCGAGAAGCUGAAGGUCGACUACCUGAAGAAUCUGCCCACCUCGCUGAAGCAGCUGUCCGCCUUCCUCGGCGACAAACCGUUCGUCGCCGGGACGAACAUCAGCUACGUCGACUUCUGGCUGUACGAGAUGCUCUUCAAGCUGACCGUCUUCGUGCCGGAGGUCUUCAAGGAACAUCCCGAGCUGGCCAAUCUGACCAAGUUUGUGGAGCGGGUGGCCUCGCUGCCGCGCGUCGCCGCGUACAUCAAGGCGAGCAAACCGGCGCUCUUCAACGGCGUCAUGGCCAAGUGGAAUGCCACUGCCUAG